AUGGCGAUGGAGGGAAACGGCAGAGAACCGGAGAACACUGACGAUGCUCCUACUAGACCAGUGUCCUCCCUGCUCUCCCAUUUUGAGAAUCUUUCGCAUCGCAAGACUCAAUCAACUGUUGGAAUCAGACAACAUGACUCCCCGAACCGCUUUUUGCGAACCCCCGAGCCCAGUGACGAGCCGCGCUCCUCCAGCCGCACCUCCCUAGACUUGCCCCGGCCACACUCUCCAUGGAAUGUGACGGUUGAUGAGCGACAAGGCCGACAGCCUGAUCAGGUCAAUGAUGACAAGCUCCGGGCUCGCGGAUCCCCCCAGGGCCAUUAUGGUGAUAGGCCCAUCUCCAUGAAUGUAAACCGCUCGUCGCCACAACUCCCACCUACCUUGACCGUCCAUUCACCCCAAUCGCCGCCUCGGGAGCUCCAGCGAGACCGAUCACUGCCUCGACAGGAAGACCGCAUGGCUAGGAGCUCUGUUCAUCUUCCUAGGGCAUCCGUGUCUGCUGGAGUAUCACCGGCACACGUACCUCGGCCGACUACGCCUCAGCCGGCAUCUUCUGUGACAGUAGGGGACACGGUUAAGCGGCUAUCGCCUGGUGGGUUAGAGGUCAAUGGGAAUGGGAGCAUAGCUGAUCGAAAGCUAAAGAGUGCUUCGUUGCCUCCGCCGGCGAACCGCGCAACGAAGCCUAAGAUCCCAGCCAAACCAGCAUUGUUGUCUCACCCGGAUACCAAUUCUCUCGCCCCACGAUCAGACCUGGCCUCCUCGGAUGACCAUGUAUCGCCCUUCAACACUCCGCCUAGCAGCCCCGAGAAGACUCCGGCGAACCCGGUAUCCACUGGGAAGCUUCCUCCUAAGCCGCUAGGCCGACCUACCACGGAGCCCCCGAGCCGACGCUCGUUCGAUGAACGUCCGCCUGCUCCUAACUUCCAGGUCCGACAUGAUGCGCGAGAUCUAGGCUUCUCCAGGGCUCGGCCAGUCCCUGAGCCUAGUCGAGCGACCAAGCCACUAAUGGUACAAAUCCCACCAUCCCCUGCGAUCCCCGAACCUUCUACCGCGCCACCCCUCUCCACGACAAAGCUUCGAGCAAGCGAUAGUCCUCAUGACCGGCCGGGUCUUCCUCCUCGGCCUAGCGCAUCUGUUCCUCGUCGGGGUGGGCUCUCGCCUGCCCGGGAAUCCCCUCAACAAAUGCCUCAUCCCGACCCGAUCAUACCGAUAGCUCGAUCAGCGCCAUCGCAUGCCAAUUUGAACGAGGCUCAGAAACAUCGUCCCCUUCUUCGGCAGCAAUCGCUGCCUCGCGAAUCACAUUUUCCAUCAGCGUAUCAGGACCGACGUCCACCGCGUACGGAUACAGAAGAAGAGGAAAUGGUUGCAGAUGAACCACCCAUUUCGCGGACAGAUUAUCCUGAUGCUUCACUGGCGAAUCGAAGACCACCAAUUCUCAAGACAGGCCCAAAGGAGAUUCUCACACGGUACGAUACGCGUCUUCUGGACGUAUGCGGCAAAUACGUAUGUACCACUGGGUAUUUGACGCGGGUAUGGGAUCUUACUACUGGUGAGCAAGUCAUGAGUCUUGGACAUGGCGAGACUGUUAAGAGCAUGUCUCUUGCGUUCAAGCCAGGAACAUCACUCGAGGAAGAAGGCAAACGCAUUUGGCUGGGGACAAGCGCGGGCGACCUUCAUGAAGUUGAUAUUGCCUCUCAGUCUAUUGUGGCUACCCGUGCAUAUCCUUCUCGUCGAGAGGUGAUCAAGAUCUUGCGUCACAAAAAGGAGAUGUGGACUCUCGAUGACGAAGGCCGACUGUUAGUGUGGCCGCCAGACGAAACCGGCACCCCCAGUUUACAGUAUAGCUACCAUAGCCCCCAUGAGCGAGUGGCUCGAGGCCAUACAUUUUCUAUGGUUGUGGACGAUACACUUUGGCUGGCAACGGGCAAGGAUGUCCACAUCUACCGUCCGAAUGCGCGCGACGAUGCCUCUUUCAGGGUCUUCAAACGACCCCUGGGUCUUCAACACUCGGGCGAUGUGACCUCUGGAACCUAUACCACUAAGGAUGGCGGGCGAGUGUAUCUGGGACAUGCUGACGGCAAAGUAACCAUCUACUCAUCAGUGGACUACUCGUGCCUCGCUGUGGUCAAUGUCAGCGUCUAUAAGAUUAAUUGCCUGAGCAUCGUUGGUGAUUAUUUGUGGGCAGGUUAUAAAACAGGCAUGAUCUAUGUCUACAACACCAGGACCGAUCCAUGGACGGUCAAGAAAGACUGGCGGGCGCAUGAUAGUCCUGUGUCUGCAUUUGUGCUUGACACUAGCAGUGUGUGGACCCUGAACCGCCUGCAAGUGACAUCGCUCGGCACGGAUAAUUGUAUCCGUCUGUGGGAUGGCAUGUUGGAAGAUGACUGGCUGGAUAAUCGAAUGCAAAGCAAGGAUGUCGAAUUUUGCACGUUCCGCGAGGUCCGAGCAGCCAUCGUAACCUGGAAUGCCGGUGCUUCAACCCCCGGCAGCGUGCGCACGUCUGACUUCAUCCGAGAUGCCGUCAAUCCAGAAGACCCGCCGGACAUUGUGGUAUUUGGAUUCCAAGAGCUUGUGGAUCUUGAGAAUAAAAAGAUCACAGCAAGUAGCUUACUGCUUGGGAGCAAGAAGAAAGAGAACGGAGAGAAAGAGCAUAUGAGUCGACAAUACCGCGUCUGGAUUGAUCAUCUCACCCGGACUCUCCACGAGUGCAUGCCUCUCGAAGAGUCCUACGUCCUUCUCCACAGCUCUAACAUGGUCGGACUCUUUACUUGCGUGUUUGUCAAGCAUAAGGAGCGCCACAAUAUCAAGAACAUCAGUGCUUCGGAGAUCAAACGGGGCAUGGGCGGGUUGCACGGAAACAAGGGUGCGCUCGUUUUUCGCUUCGUUCUCGACGAUAGCUCGAUGUGCUUUAUCAACUGCCAUCUUGCAGCCGGUCAAACACAGACUGCCCACCGCAACAACGACAUUGCGGCAAUUCUCGAGGCCGAGACCUUGCCAUCGGAAAGUAGUCUGACUACUCGGACCGAUCAGUUCGCCAGUGGUGGUGAUGGUUCGAUGAUCAUGGACCACGAGGUUUGCAUCUUGAACGGGGAUCUCAACUACCGCAUUGAUUCCAUUCCUCGAAAUGUCAUCAUUGAUGCCGUUCGCCAAAACAACCUGACCAAACUUCUAGAGCGUGACCAGCUCCUGGCUUCUCGACGAAAGAACCCCGGAUUCCGACUGCGGAGCUUCAUUGAGGCUCCAAUCACCUUCGCCCCGACAUACAAAUACGACGUGGGCACCGACCAGUACGAUUCCAGUGAAAAGAAGCGCUCCCCCGCCUGGUGCGACCGCGUUCUGUAUCGUGGCAUCGGCCGCGUCAAGCAACUCGAAUACCGACGGCAUGAGGUCCGAGCCUCCGAUCAUCGACCUGUCAGUGCGUCCUUCAAGGUUCGCGUCAAGACGGUCCUGCCGCCGGAACGCGCGGUCGCCUGGGAAAAGUGCCAGCAGGAGUUCCAGGAUGAGAAGCGGCGGUUGGCUUCGGAAGCCAGCAUCGAAUAUCUCAUUACUGUUCUCGGUACCGAUCCCCGUCAAGCCCGUGCGCUCAUCUUGAAGGGUUAG